AUGACAUCCUCUUUACCAGGCAGUCGCGAUCUGCCAUCGUCCCAGUUCGACUUGGGCACUUAUUGGGGACGUGUGCGUCACUCGGCCAAUCUUACAGACCCAAGGAAUCGUCUCGGCAGAGGCGCACAAGUUGAACAAGAGAACAAGAAGGCUGACAGUCGGUGUUGCAGCACGCUAUUCGUAUCUUCUGCUGGCCUUGAAAAUGCGAAACAACUUGUCACCGCGUACAAGACGGGGAAGAUUCCGGAAAUGACACCGGAUCUAUGGAGGGCAAAGAAGAUUAUCGAUUCCACGAUACAUCCAGAUACGGGAGAAUCGGUUUUCCUCCCAUUUCGCAUGUCAAGCUAUGUCUUAACCAACCUGGUUGUGACGGCGGGUAUGCUCAAGCCUGGUCUUGGGACAGCGGGAACACUGGGCUGGCAGAUAACGAAUCAGUCGGUCAAUGUCGGAGUCAACUUUUCGAAUGCGAACAAAUCCACCCCACUCUCCACGUCGACGAUUGUCAAGUCCUACCUCCUUGCAGUCAGCGCAUCCUGCGGUGUAGCGCUGGGUCUCAAUGCGACAGUACCUCGCCUCAAGAGCCUGUCUCCUAGGGCGAGAAUGAUUGCUGGUCGGCUGGUACCAUUUGCAGCAGUCGCUUCGGCCGGUGUGCUGAACGUCUUCCUCAUGCGCGGCGAGGAGAUUCGACAUGGCAUUGAUGUAUACCCAGCUCUUACGGAGAGUGAGAAGCUCAGAGUGGAUAGUGGAGAGCUCGAGGUUAAGCCACUUGGCAAAAGUAAAAAGGCUGCCAUACUUGCUGUGGGAGAGACAGCGAUUAGUCGUGUGCUGAACGCUACGCCUAUCAUGGUUCUGCCACCUUUGAUCUUGGUCAAACUGCAAGAAACGAAUUGGCUAAAGAACAGGCCACGAAUGGUCACGCCAAUCAACUUGGGUCUCAUUUUCGCGACAUCCGUGUUCGCUCUCCCUCUCGCACUGGCUGCGUUCCCGCAAAGACAAGCUGUCAACGCCAAGACAUUGGAGCCAGAAUUUCAUGAGCGUGGUGGGAGGGACGGCUUGGUCGAAUUUAACCGUGGGAUAUGA